AAAAAAAAAAAAAAAAUCCAGGUGACAUUUAUCAAACUAAACUUUCCUUUUUCGCAAGCCAGAACGCCACUCCUCUGAUUUUUCUCUUUCUUCAUCCGUUUUUCUACCGAGGAAGCUCUGAUGAUGGACUUCAAAGCUAGAUGGAGCUUCUCCUUGCUGUAUCUCAUCUUGAUUUUCGCAUUUGUACAUAUAAUUUAUAGCUGUAUAAUGUCCCACAAACUCACACUUGAUAACCAAAAAGUCAGGCUCAAGAAACAGCCACAGCUCCCUUUACGCUUUAGCUCUGAUGGGACCUUCAAAAUCCUCCAGGUGGCUGAUAUGCAUUAUGGAAAUGGGGCGGUGACUCGGUGCAGGGACGUUUUGGAAAGUGAGUUUGAGCACUGUUCUGAUCUCAACACCACUCGGUUUCUCAGGAGGCUGAUUGAGGUUGAAAAGCCAGACUUUGUUGCUUUUACAGGGGACAACAUAUUCGGGACAAGUGCAACUGAUGCAGCAGAAUCCAUGUUCGAAGCUUUUGGCCCUGUCCUGCAAUCUGGAGUUCCGUGGGCUGCAGUUUUGGGGAAUCAUGACCAAGAAUCUACUAUGACUCGUGAAGAAUUGAUGUCUUUCAUCUCUCUCAUGGAUUAUUCCCUGUCGAAUACCUUUCCAUCAGCAGAGGAUAAUCUCGAGUCUUCCAACCAAAAUCCAGUAAAAAGAAUUGAUGGAUUUGGGAAUUACAACCUAAGGGUAUGGGGUGCUGUAGGUUCCCCAUUUGCUAAUAGUAGUGUUCUCAACCUAUAUUUUCUUGACAGUGGAGAUAGAGCUGUUGUUGAUGGUAUACGAACUUAUGAUUGGAUUAAGCAAUCUCAACUUAGUUGGCUCCAUAGUGUUUCCAAAAACUUUCAGGGACAAAAGCCAGAAAAUGGUCAAUUGGCUUGCAUACCCUUGACAUGGUCAAAUCCUCCUGCAUUGGCAUUCUUCCACAUUCCAAUUCCAGAAGUGCGUCAGGGUCCCAUCAUGGAGAUUGUUGGCCAGUAUCGGGAGUAUAUAGCAUGUUCAUCAGUUAACUCUGGAGUCCUACAGACCUUCGUCUCUAUGGGUGAUGUGAAAGCUGUAUUUAUGGGUCAUGAUCACACCAAUGAUUUCUGUGGGAAGCUACAUGGCAUCUGGUUUUGUUAUGGUGGGGGUAUUGGAUAUCAUGGUUAUGGCAAGGCUGGCUUGCCAAGGAGAGCAAGGGUUAUAGUGGCAGAACUUGGGAAAGGGGAGAAGGCUUGGAUGGGUGUAGAGAGGAUCAAGACAUGGAAGCGACUUGGUGACGAGAAUUUAAGCAAGAUUGAUGAGCAAGUCUUAUGGGAGAGAUGGUCAUCAAGAUGAUGGGCAUUUCAGGAUUGUCUCGUGUCGAAUCCGUCUUAACCCCAAUGACUCUGCUUCUCCAGGCUUUCCAGCUUCUGAAUACAUCCUGUUGAAGUUGUAUCUUCCUUGCAAUGCUUGUAUUCUCCUCUUCUUUUUCUUGUUGGGACAAAAUGUCUUGAUGUGGGAAAUUGGUUGUGGCUGUUCGGAUUGGUGCCCUUGCCAAUCACAUUAAUGUUGACAGAAAUUCAACAGUUUGAUAAAUAUUAAUUGAUCGUUGUUACACUGAUAUCAUAAAGAUCUUUCGUGAUACUAUUUGAGUGGAUGCAUUCCAGAUGAGCAAAAA